GCAGAAAUUAAUCUCCAAUUAAUGACAAAAAGAUCCCUCGUUAAAGGCUGCUAACAUGAGCAAUAGAAGUUGGUUGCAGAAGAACUGGCUGCUUGUGGCAGGACUUUCUUUUCUUGGUAUUCACCUUGGGACAUAUCUAUUGCAAAAGACUGUGAAAAGCUCGACUCGUUCGGAUCUUGCAUUGAAACAGAAGGAUGUCAAGUAAUGAUGCCACAAUCGGAAGAGCCAAACUAGACCAUUAUGUGCUGAUCCUUGCUAUUUAAGUUUAAAUUAAAAAGGUUGUACUUUGAAAUGGGUCUAUAAAUGAGGUCAGACAUAAAUAAAUCUGCAUGGCCUUUCUGUAAAUUAUCCACAUGAAAUAAAAUGGCUUGGACUUUAAAAGAAAUUCAAAGUCUUUAGUUUCUCUGAUAGGCUAAAGCAAAGAUGUCUCGUCUGUCAAAUAAAAAGACCUCGCUCUGUACUGCUGAACCUUUAUCAGAUGAUAAAGUGUGUCAGAAACUGGCAGUGUUCAGGCAGAUCUUCACAUCAUGUUUUGGUCCUACCGGCAGACUCAAGCAAAUACAUAACAAUGUGGGAGGGCAUGUCCAGACCACAUCUACGUCAGCAGUGCUUCUGAAAGGAGUUUUCACAUCACACCCUGUCCUCAAGCUACUUACUGCAUCUGUUCUGAACCAUAUUUCUUGCUUUAGCGAUUGUGGUUUGUUUGCAGCUAUCCUCUCCUGUGCCCUUAUCGAAAAUGCACAAAGAUUAAAUAUUGAAACGGGCAUUACCCUCAAAGUGUACAGGCAUCUCCUAUGCCUGUGUAAAGACUAUCUGAAUCAAGAGGAGUGUGGCUGUAGAGUAAGAAUUGAUUUUGGCAACAGUCAGUCUCUGCUGUCCCUGGCACGUAGUGUCAUAGCUAGCAAACCGGCCUGCAUGUUGACUUACAAAGAAGUGCAACACGUCAGCUCACUGGUGGUGCAGGCGUUCUUGCAGACAGUUCCCUGUGAGGCUGAGGGAAGUGUUUGUUUGGGGAAGGUGGUCUUCGUUUCUGUCGAAGGCCACAGAGCGAUGGAUUCAGCUCUGUUUCCUGGCCUGCUGGUAGAAAUGCCAGAGAUGCUGUCUGCUUCUGACCUGAAGUGGCUAGAUCACAGAGCCAUCACUCUGGCGCUGUUCAACACUUCGCUCUCGGGUGACCUUUCUGAGACGGGGGACGGAACGCUGGAAGUUAGUUGUGGCCUCAGCCCAGAAGCAGCCGUCCUGGAGCUGCUGCUGAGGAUGGGGAAGCAGAUCAUCAGUGACGGUGUAGCGCUGCUUGCAUGUCAGAAGGUGGUACAUCCUGUCUUGAAGCAGUACCUGAAGGAGCAUCAUGUGAUUGUCAUAGAGAGGUUGGGGAUUUCACUCAUGGAACCACUAAGUCAAAUGACAGGUGCCCUACCUAUUGCUAGUUUUCAGUCUCCUGUUCCAUCCAAGUGCUAUGGACAGCUGAGCAAUAUCCUUGUGAAGAGCUUUGGGUCUAGACAGAUGCUUAAUUUAAUCCCAGCUGGAGAUUCAACAGUCUGCAGUCUGGGGCUGUGCAACAGAAAUGAGACUACCCUUAAUGAGCUCAAGUUGACGUGCCAAAAUGCAGAACAUGUCUUGAGGCUAUCACUGAAGAGUCCCUUUGCGCUUUUUGGUGGAGGGUGUACAGAAACACAUUUGGCUGCCUACAUCAGAAACAAGUGCAGCAGUGGUGUCGAUGGUACGUUACUGGGGCCUGGCUGCUCACCCACCCAGUUCCAGAUGGCGGCUGACAGCUUCUGCCGAGCCCUGGAGUCAGUGGGCCGAUCCCUGGAGCACGACGGAGGGGAAUCCCUCGUGGACCUGCGCUGUGGCCAUCGCUGGUCCGGGCCCGGCGGCGCUGCCCCCGAUGUUCCGUGGAAGGACGUGGUCAGCCUGUGUGGCUGUGGACGGCUGGACCGACAUGAAGGUCUGCAGUGGGUCAUUCUCGGUGGCAAGGGCCCCUCGUUCUCUCCCACCCUGCCAGCUGAGAGCUGUGCUCAACACCUCGUGCUGGAUUCCUUUCCGGCAAAGCUCAACGCUUUGCAGGUAGCCGUUGAGACAGCCAACCUCAUCCUGGAUCUCAAGUAUGUCAUACAAGACGUCAAUUAACAUUUUUAUGGUUGUAUGUCACAGCAUUUAAGCUGAUCCUUAAAGUGUGUAAAAGCAGGAAAAUUAAAAAAUAGAUCAUACUUUUCCCCCGCUAGAAGUGAAAACUUGCCAAGUUUCUCUAAUGGCAUGGAUGGAAAGUUACUUUUCGUAAUUACUAGGUUUCCCCACCAGGUGGCAACAUCAUCCCAAGCUGUGGAAGAAUGGUACUGUACAAUUGAAUUUAUGAGCGUUUUCAAAGGAGCAGACUGGGUGAACUGUGGCAGUUUGUAAAUAAAGACAGAUUUUUGUGGCUUA